AGUGACAGCCAGAGAGAGAGAGAGAGAGAGAGAGAGAGAGCGCGAGAGAGCUAGUUGAGAAGAACUGCGUAGCAAACUGUUGGAAACUAGCGCCUGACAGAGUCCCUCUUGCACUCAACUUUAGGAUAAAGGACAACGCGUUACAACGUCCAUAGAGGGUUGACUGACUGGCUGCCCGGAGGCUGUCUUUGUGGUCUCCCCUCCACUGGCUUCCACCAUAGGUGAGCAUCAAGUUUGUGGAGCUCCUGUUUAGAGUAACACAGAGCUGAAGACCGCAGGGUGUGGAAGCAUGGCGGUGUGGAUCCAGGCCCAGCAGCUGCAGGGGGACGCGCUGCACCAGAUGCAGUCCCUCUACGGGCAGCACUUCCCCAUCGAGGUGCGACACUACCUGUCCCAGUGGAUCGAGGGCCAGCUCUGGGAUGCCAUCGACCUGGAGAACCCCCAGGAGGAGUUCAAAGCCAAACGCAUGCUGGAGGGUCUGAUCCAGGAGCUGCAGAACAAGGCGGAGCACCAGGUGGGGGAGGACGGCUUCCUGCUGAAAAUCAAGCUGGGCCACUACGCCAGCCAGCUCAAGAGCACGUAUGACCGCUGCCCGCUGGAGCUGGUGCGCUGCAUCAAACACAUCCUCUACACGGAGCAGCGGCUCGUCAGGGAGGCCACCAACUCCAGCUCUCCGGUGGGCAGCAUGAUGGACAGCAUGUCCCACAAGUACCAGCAGAUCAACCAGGCGUUCGAGGAGCUGCGCCUGCUCACGCAGGACACAGAGAACGACCUGCGCAAGCUCCAGCACAACCAGGAGUACUUCAUCAUCCAGUACCAGGAGAGCCUCCGCAUCCAGGCCCAGCUGAGCAGCCUGGCCUCGCUGCCCCCUGCGGACAGACAGCUGCGGGAGCCGGCAUUGCUCAGCAAGAGGGCGACCGUGGAGGCGUGGCUGACGAGGGAGGCCAACACACUACAGAAAUACAGACUGGACCUGGCGGAGAAGCACCAGAAGACCCUGCAGCUGCUGAGGAAGCAGCAGACGGUCAUCCUGGAAGACGAGCUCCUCCAGUGGAAGAGACGCCAGCAGCUGGCCGGGAACGGGGCCCCCCCAGAGGGAGGCCUGGACAUCCUGCAGUCCUGGUGUGAGAAGCUGGCGGAGACCACCUGGUUGAACCGGCAGCAGAUCCGCAGGGCGGAGCACCUCAGGCAGCAGCUGCCCAUCCCCGGGCCCAUCGAGGAGCUGCUCAACGACCUCAACAGCACCGUCACCGACAUCAUCUCAGCACUGGUUACCAGUACAUUCAUCAUUGAGAAGCAGCCUCCACAGGUGCUGAAGACUCAGACCAAAUUUGUGGCCACCGUGCGUCUCCUGGUGGGAGGCAAGUUGAACGUGCACAUGAACCCCCCACAGGUCAAGGCAACCAUCAUCAGUGAACAGCAAGCCAAGGCCCUGCUGAAGAAUGAAAGCACAAGGAACGACAGCAGCGGGGAGAUCCUCAACAACAACUGUGUGAUGGAGUACCACCAGACCACAGGAACACUCAGUGCCCACUUCAGAAAUAUGUCUUUAAAGAGGAUCAAGCGGUCGGACCGGCGAGGGGCCGAGUCCGUCACAGAGGAGAAGUUCACCAUCCUGUUUGAGUCCCAGUUCAGCGUGGCGGGGAACGAGCUUGUGUUUCAAGUCAAGACAUUAUCUCUUCCAGUAGUGGUGAUCGUACACGGCAGCCAGGACAACAACGCCACAGCAACAGUGCUGUGGGAUAAUGCUUUUGCCGAACCGGGCCGGGUCCCCUUCCUGGUGCCAGACAAGGUGCUGUGGCCCCAGCUCUGCGAGGCCCUUAAUAUGAAGUACAAGGCGGAGGUGCAGAGCAAGCGCGGCCUGUCUGAUGAGAACCUGAUGUUCCUGGCCACCAAGGCCUUCUCCAGCAACCCGGAGUCUGACUGCCGGAACAUGACCAUGACCUGGUCGCAAUUCAACAGGGAGAGCCUGCCUAACAGGAACUUUACGUUCUGGCAGUGGUUUGACGGAGUCAUGGAGCUCACGAAAAAACACCUCAAACCACACUGGAAUGAUGGAGCCAUCCUAGGCUUUGUGAACAAGCAGCAGGCUCAGGACAUGCUGCUCUCCAAGCCCAACGGUACCUUCCUGCUGCGCUUCAGUGACUCGGAGAUAGGCGGCAUCACCAUCGCCUGGGUGGCAGAGAACCCCAACAAAGCAGGUGAGAGGUUGGUGUGGAACCUCAUGCCCUACACAACCAAAGACUUCUCCAUCCGCUCCCUGGCCGAUCGCAUCAGCGACCUCAACCACCUGCUGUUCCUUUACCCCGACCGGCCCAAGGAUGACGUCUUCGCCAAGUACUACACCCCACCCCUCUCCAAAGCAGUAGACGGCUACGUCAAGCCACAGAUCAAACAAGUGGUGCCUGAGUUUGCCACAGCCAAUCACGACCCGGCGAGCGGCAAUCCCACCUACAUGGACCACGGUGCCUCCCCUGCCCCUCUCAGUCACCCACAUAGCUACGCCAUAUACCCACCCAUGAGUGACUCCAUGCUGGACGGCGAGGGAGAGUUCGACCUGGACGACACCAUGGACGUGGCGAGGCACGUGGAGGAGCUUCUGCGGCGGCCCAUGGACAGCCAAUGGAGCGGCCCGCAAUCCUGACCUUUGACCCUGAAACCCCGCCCCCUCGACCCCCCCGUCCUGUCCUGUCCUGCUCCUAACAAUACAGAAAUGAAUCCUGCCUCUCCGUGCACCGAACCUCUUGACAUUUCUCAUGGUUGAAUUCCAUUUGUUUCUCAUUUGUGGUUGUAUGUCCUCUUCAUUUUGUUUCGUUAUUUUUUAUUUUAUUUUUUUGGUUUUUGUUAGUUCGGGAUGUCUACAAUGUGAAAUGUUCCUAAUGGUUGUGAGCGUUAUUCUUUCCAGCAUGAAAAACAUGCAUGUCAGUGACCUAUCUUUAGAUGUCUUCUCGGCAUAUCUGUAAAACUGACUCGUAAAUAAAAGAAAAAGGAAAAAAAUAUGUUACAGAAUUCUGAUGAAGAAAAACAGAACAAAACUAUUAAAAAGCAUUGCGCAUGCUCUUCGGUUGUUUUUCCAACAGAAAGAUAUUUUAUUUUUAUUAUAUUUUUUAAUGCUACUGUAUCAAGUCCCGUCGACGGCUGUCAUGUUUUUAUGUUUCAUUUCCUCCGGUGUAAAUUGAUAUUUACAUUGAAGCUGCCGUUUGCGCAACAACCAUCUUUAGAAAUCUGUGCUUAUCUGUUUUGUCCACCUGACCGGAGAUGAUGCAACAGAGGUGGCUCAUCUCUUAAGGUCCACAUACACUAAUACAAAUGCAACGCUUGCUACUGGCUGACUCCACCUCCUCUCUCUCUCUAUUUCAUGCUCCAAUACAUCUAUCAAAUGCAUGUGGGCGAGUAUAUGAUUGUUUGUUCUUUAAGGGCACCAGGGGGAAGGGUGAGUGAUCACUCUCUCAUUCUCUCUUCCUCUUUUUUGCUCUAUCCCUCCAUAUGACAGGGCUAUUCAUCCUCUAUUUGUCAUCGAAAAAUGCAAAUCUGACCACUUCACCAAACUUAAUUUCCCCUCUGCUCUGUGACCUGCUCUAUUCGAUCAUCAUCGUUGACUUAACGAUGAUGGGCUCCCAGCAUGACGUAGGGCUCACGCUUAGCCUCCGCUCGUUCCUCUGUGCUUGAUGUACAGCAGGAUCUAGAAGUAAUGGCAUGGGGACGAGAGGUUGAUGUUGUGUUUUUGAAUUGUUUCAGACUUGAAAACCACUUUGCUGUUUUUGUUUUGCCACAUCCGUUGUCGGCUCCUGUCUCUGUGUGGGGAUACUAUACUGCCAUGUGCACACGUGUGACGUCACAACAACAUGGAGGAGGGGAGGGGGGGGUGGGCGGAUGCAUGUCGACAUCUAAACAUAUGCAUCCAAGGGGCUGGCAGUUUGAUGCCUCGGCUUCAUCUAGUGGUCUGGGUAAUGUGGUUUCUCUCUCUCUCCCUCUCACUCUCUCGACCCCCCUCUCUCUCUCUCUCUCUCUCUCUCUUACCCGCCCUCUAUCUCUCUUUCUCUCUCUCUCUCUCUCUCUCUCUCUCUCUCUCUCUCUCUCUCUCUCUCUCUCUCUCUCUCUCUCUCUCUCUCUCUCUCUCUCUCUCACCCGCCCUCUUUCUUUCUCUCUCUCUCCCCCUCUCUCUCGCCAUGUUGUGUGCCUCAAUUGUUUUGUCUCUCUGUCCGAUGCCCACUGAAGGUGUUCCCUCUGCUCCGCCCUGUGUAAGCCUUCAUGGCCUUGCAGCGCCGCUGUCAUCACAAGUACAAAAUAACAAACUUGCAGACCACUUUCAGUGCGAUUACAAACGCACAAGCAACAAACAAAUCAUGUUCCUCUGUUGAUGUUUGAUAGUAUCAUUACAUUACAUUGAUAUCAGCUGACGCUUUUACCCAAAGCAACCUUCAGUAAGUGCAUUCAACCAUGCCGAUGCAACUCAGAAAUUGCACGAAUCACGCAAUCACAUACAAUCAUGAUAUAAGCAACCUGCUUCAAGUGCUAACAUUUUAGAAAGAUAAACAUGUUUUUUUUACAUUGUUUUUUCUGCUACUCUCACUCACCACCUCAGGUAAAACAGCCUCUGCUUUGUCUAAUGGAUCAUAACAAAUACAAGUAUGUGUGUGUAUAUAUAUAUAUAUAUAUAUAUAUAUAUAUAUAUAUAUAUAUAUAUAUAUAUAUAUAUAUAUAUAUAUAUAUAUAUAUAUAUAUGUAUGAGUAUGAAGACAAUUGGAAGACGAUCUCUCAUUCUAAAAGGCGUUUAUUUUCUCUUCCACAAUGCUGUUUAAUGACUUAUGUGUGUCUGUGGAAAUUUCCUGUUGAUUGUUAAACACCAAUCCCCUUUUCAUAUGACUGUUGAUACACAAACAGUUGAACAUCUCAAUACAGACUGGUAUUUUAUUUGUCAAUUUUACACUUAUUUGUCACAUUUAAUUUUGCUCCAGAAUCGACAGCAAGUAAAAAAGCCUUACAAUGGAUAAUACAAAUAAAAUGUACUUGACUUCACACGGAUAUGCAUUUCUAUAUGUUUGUCUCGAUUGAAGAUUACCGUAUGGACAAAAAUGUGUUAUUUCCAUUUUUUUUUUUCUGAUCCUCCACCUGCAGUGGGAGUCAUGUGAUAUAUAUUUUUAUUAACAUUGUUCUCCGACUUUGGUUCUCCGUGGACUGUGUUAUCUGUGUGAUAGACCAGUACUGUAUGCUUUUCGAUGUUCCUCGUUCGUGGUUUGGCUUUUAGGCGAGGUUUCCCAAGUGGAAAAAAAAAAAACACAGCUGUUGCGGUACAAAUAAAAUAAAAUGAAGAAAGUUUUUUAAAUAAUUCUAAAUCCAUUUUGUUUAAAGGAUAAAUAAAUCCAUUUUUCGGA